GUUGGUUUUCCGAUCAUGUAUUUCAUUUUUUUAUAUAAAAAGGUUAACACGCAAAAACAUUUUAUUACGUUUCACAUAAGACAUCGGCUAUCAUUCAAUCGAUAUGAAUCUUUCCUUUCAAUUGUUGGUGGUCAUUGUGAUACAGUUACAUCUAUCAUACCAAACAAAAGGAAGUGAUGUGACGGCGUCGAAAAUCGUUAACAAGGCAAGGAGUUUUAUCGAUAGUACUGACUGGAGUAAAUCUGGAUGCAAACAUGGUUCCAGAUUCUGCGGUACAUGGAAAUGUAACUUGUUUGUAUAUGAUGUUCUCAAAAGCGUUGGAGCAAAAGUUCCUACAAGGCGUUGGUGGAUUUAUUCCCCGAUAGGCGCUAAUGAAUGGGGAAAUCCAAAUUCAGGUGAAAUAAAAAAUACGGGAUGUUACACUCUAAUACCCAGUUUCUAUCAAAAAAGAUCUGGAGACAUCAUCGCAUUCCCCCAACCAAGCGGAAGUGGUCACGUUGGUAUCGUAUAUUCUAGCAAUGAAUACAUCAGUGCCAAAAGAGACAAAGUGGAAAAGACUGGAUAUCCAAAUACAGCUUCGUAUCCAACAAGAACCAUCUGGAGAUACAAAUACAAUAAGAACGGAUGUUAAUUUAUUAUCGACCGACGACAAGCGAUAGUAUGAUUAUGUAUACUUUAAACAAUUAAACCUAAUCAAACCACUA